CUAGUUCAUUUUGCUAUCGAACUUCUGGUCACACUGUUUGGAAGUAUACAAGUCGUAUAGUCGAAACACAUGUUUGUGUUUUAGCUGGAAGUACACAAUUCGAAUUUUAAUUGAUGUGGCGAGUUUUAAAGUUCUCGCUGACACAAGAAGAACCAAUGAACUCUACGUCGUCAUGAAACGCAGCGAAGACAAUAGUCCCAAACGCAAAGCAAUGAACACAAACACGAAUUCAUCCCCCGGACAGCGCAAGCUGCAAACGUCAAUGGAACGCUUGCAGGUGCAGCAAGCAAAUGUAAACAGACGCGCCGCCGGCUCCAAUUGGCAAGCGGCGAUGGGCACCGAAAACCACAAUCAAGCAGCAUCAAGUUCAGCCUCGACGUCAACAGCUAGUACCCACGAAACGGAUGCCACAUUAACCAAAUCGGCCCGAAAUCGUCUCAAGCGCAAAGCUCAACGCAAUCGUUACCUCGCCAUGGACUGUGAGAUGGUUGGCGUUGGUCACAACGGCCAGGAUGCGAUGCUGGCCCGCGUCUCCAUUGUAAACAAGGUGGGUGAAGUGUUGCUGGACAAGCAUGUAAAGCCACGCCAACCCGUCGUCGAUUAUCGCACCAGCGUUUCAGGCAUUCGACCAGAAGACAUCGAGAAUGGUGAGGACUUCAAAGAGGUGCAGGCCGAGGUGGUGAAGCUGCUGCAGGGCAAAGUGCUCGUGGGUCAUGCGCUGCGUAACGAUCUCGCCGCUCUGGGAAUUAAGCAUCCUAAGGCGCACAUCCGCGACACAUCCGUAUAUAAACCGCUCUGCAAAGUGGUCUCCAAUGGCCACACACCUAGUCUGAAGCGUCUUUCGAUGGCCGUUCUAGGCAAGGAAAUUCAGACGGGUGAGCACAACUCGGUGGAGGAUGCACGGGCCGCCAUGAGCAUCUAUAAUCUUAUUGCCGCCGACUGGGAAAAGUAUCUGGAGAAGCGGCAGAAGCACCACUGACAGAUCCCCAAGAAACACACACGAAUCGCACUUUAGUAUUGUAAGGUUUACCCAUUGAGUUUUAUAAGAGAAAAAGAGACAGUUGCAUAAAUGUAUAAAAUGUUGAAACUAA